AUGGUGGAAGGUGUGAAACCAGCAGAGGAUGGGAGGUGGUGCAAGUUUUCCCGGAACAAGUAUUUCGUCUUUAUUCUGGUAUUUGCAGGUCUGUUCCUGAUUUACAACAGAAAUACAAUAAUACCAGAUGGAAACCCAAAAAAGUGGAUGCAAAAUCAAUCAGCAAAUUUGUUGAAUUUCUUCAGUGGUCAGAGACUAAACAUAUCCUCACUAAACACUACAACUAAUGACAACUCCACUUCUCAAAAUACAACUGUACCACCAACACCUGUUCCUUACGUGUCUCCUGGACCAUAUUUAGUUGAAUACCCCCAUGACUACCAGUACAUCAUAAAUGAGCCACAGAAAUGUGAACAGGAGAACCCAUUUGUGGUUCUGAUCGUUCCUGUGGCCCCAAACAAUAGGCAACACCGUGACAUCAUCCGCAAAACCUGGGGGAGUGAAAGUCUUGUCCAGGACAAAGUGGUGAGGCUGUUCUUUUUACUGGGGCUGCACACCGGGGAGGAGGUGGAGCAGGUCCAACAGCAAGUACUUCAGGAGAGCAAAGAGCAUCACGACCUGAUCCAGAGCAACUUUGUGGACUGCUACAAGAAUCUCACCAUUAAGACCAUGGUGAUGCUGGAGUGGCUAACUGCACACUGCUCCAGCCCCUCUUAUGCUAUGAAGAUUGAUUCAGACAUGUUUCUGAAUGUACAUAAUCUUGUCAGUAUGCUCUUGAAUGCUCAAAAAGCAAACUAUAUGACUGGGCUUGUGGCAAGUGGUGGUACAGUACUGCGAAAUCCAAGCUCUAAGUGGUACCUACCUCAUGACAUUUAUGCUCCGCCACAGUACCCCCGCUAUGCUCUGGGCCUGGGCUACAUUUUGUCUUUAGACCUCCCAAAAAAGCUCGUUGAGGCAUCCAGACAUGUUAAAGCAGUUUACAUUGAGGAUGUGUAUUUAGGGUUGUUAAUGCAGCACCUGGGCAUUCCUCCCACUGACCCCCCAAACUGGGGUUACUUCCAUGUAAUUCCUUUGCCAUAUAAUCGAUGUGCCUUCUCCAGGAUAGUAGCCACCACAACUGAUCCAAACACUAACCGUGAGCAGAUUUGGAAUGACUUUAAAAACCCAGGCCCAUACUGCUAA